GGUGCAAUUUCCCAAGAUUCACAAGUUCAUCAUAACUAACCCCAGGUCCCGGGAAAGCUUUAGCAAACUCUAGUUUGUCUAAAAGCUCGUCAACAGAGAAAGAAGAAAUAAAAAGUUUCCUCUGACUGGAAGGCAUGAAGUUCUGCCUCACCGCAUCGUCUAAGAAUUUGCGAAGGUCCAUAGAACUGUGUCUCAGUUCACUGCCUGAACUGAGACAGAAGUUCGACUACCUGUCCCAGUAUGCGAUGAGUCUGGUUUCCACUCCGGAGGAUCGUUUGAAUGAGUGCGUCAAGAAGCUACGGCCAGACUUGAGGCCGUAUGCCGCACUGAUCACGACGACAGAUUUUAAUGCGGCGUAUGAUUUGAUUGUGAAGACGAAAAAGAGCUUGGACGAUCUGCAAGCAACCAAGAAGGAGGAUCGAGCGACGAAAGACUCGCGACCCGCGGCCAGCACCGGGCCGAGCGGGAAGAGUUUUGGAUUCGGGGGAAAGAGGUACGAGAAGGGUUCUUCGAGUGCGCCACCGCCUAAGAGGAGGCAUUUCAGGAGGCAUUGCCCGACAAACCCUAGCAGCGAGCCUGUUUUACCUAGAGCUCCGGAUCAGCCUGCCGCAUCACAUCCAGCUCGGAGUCAGCAGUCUACAGCCGCAAAUAAUCAGCAGAGACCACGUCCGCAGCAGUCAGGCCAGGCACCAGCGCGUACCUACGCCAUGCAUGGGCGCACAGAUCCUAGUCCCGAUGUUAUCUUGGGUACGUUCAUACUAUUUGAUUCGGUUAUGCAUGCCUUGAUCGAUCCAGGUUCUACGCUCUCCUAUAUCUGUGUUGGCAUGCCUGCUAAUUCUGCGAUUGUGAGGAGUGACCUUGAGAUACCUACCGUUGUAUCGAAUCCGCUAGGGCAUAGCAUGCGUCUUCAUCACAUUUACCAUAGGUGUCCGUUGUCCGCGCAAGGGAAGCAAUUCCCUGCUGAUUUGAUAGAGCUACCACACAAGGAGUUUGACAUUAUCCUUGGUAUGGAUUGGCUCACCGAGCAUAGAGAAGUGGUCGACUGCAGUUGUCGGACCGUACGGCUGAGAGCCGAGGACGGUAGCGACGUAUCACUCUCCCGGGAGGUGUUCCCCAAGGCUCCCGAGUUCAUAUCAUCCUUGAGCGCGAGGCGCUUGAUUCGCAAGAAGUGUGAGAUGUUCCUAUGUCACGUUCAGGAUAUGCGAAAAGAAUCACCACGUCAGCAGGACAUUCGUACGGUUUGCGACUUCCCCGAUGUCUUUCCCGAAGACCUACCUGAUCCGACUCAUGUGUUGCCGACCAAUGCUGUAACCCUCGACGAGAGUUUGUCUUACGAAGAAGAACCAGUUAAGUUCUUGGCGCGCGAAACUAAAGUGUUAAGAAACAAGACGGUACCUUUGGUAAAGCCGGUCGUUCGCCGUCCAAUUGGAGCCGCCGUCGCCUUCCCCAGCCUCGCCGCCAUCAUCGCCGCAGCCAAUCGCCUUCCCAAGCCUCGCCGCCAUCAUCGCCGAUUGGUGCAGCGCCGCCGUGAGCCAGCCGCCGGUCGUCGCCGUCCAACUGGAGGAGCCAGCCGCCGGCGUCGCCGCUCAUCACCGCCGUCGAUUGCAGCUCCGCCGCUGUUUCCUUCGCCAGUAGCCGCCGCUCAGCGUCGCCCUUUGCACAGCGGCCAUCCGCCGCCGUCGAGUGCAGCGCCGCCGUCGAUUUCAGCACCGCCAGUCGCUGCUCAUCGCCGUCGAACUGCCGCUCCGCCACUGUCGCCGGUGUCCGUCACCGUCGCCGCAUCUGGCCGAUGCCCCGAGUUGAUAUCGCCGGCAGAUUAACCUCCACGCCGGAUUGAUUGGUCGAUUUCGCAUUUUGACUCGAUUUGACCCGUUCGUUUGAUUUCGUUGAUUUGCCUUCCGUUCGAGCUAUCGAUUCGAUUUCGGCGUAAUCCAGGUCCGUACUAUGAAGUUAAUAGCAUUUAGAAUAGAUUUAAUGGUUUGGAUCGUUAUAUGUGUUUAUGCUAUAAUUUGGCUAAAUUGGUUAAUUGAAUUAAAUU